UUUAUCAGCCCAUCGGGCAACGAUUCUGUACUUUCUUCUGCUACUUGUCUUUCUGGCUGUAUCUCGUAGUCACCAAGAUGCCAUGCCAGUAUGUUCCAUGCGGUUGAUACCUCGUUGGCUUGAAGAAGCGUGUGAAGGACGGCGAAACAGAGACGCCAGUACACGUAGCACACACAGAAGGAGGCCUAUUUCCCAACCUCAAAGAUUUGGAAAGAGAACCUGGGAUAUUAAAGGCGUUUCAUCAUCAUGGUCACCUCUAUUGGAAAGUGAUCUUCAUGAUAAAUAUACACACAUACUUUCAGCCGAUUCUCAGAUAAGUGAUUCAACCCGAUAUGUGCCUGCCUAUUUUUCGUCAUCGUCAUCGUCAUCAACAUCGUCCUCGUCGUCAUCUUCGUCUUCAUCAAUAUCAUCCACAACGAAUCAGCAUCUAUUUCGGAAUCGAUUCACCAGACAAGGCGCGAAUAUCUACCUGGGAUUAAGAGAACAUCACCCGAGGAAAGAUGUACUCAAGCGUAUACAACGAAAUGUCCGGAUACCAGUUAGGGAUAUAGAUACCUUUACUAGGCAAGCUAUAAAAGAGACUAUAGACAAAAUAUUGAAGUACGGCUCAAGGAAAAACGCCAGAACUGUGAGAGCGUCGUAGUACUAUGUUACAAUAAUCAUGUACCAUAUUUUUGGGGUGCUCUUACUUUUUGUGUUCUUUUAUAAUAUGUAUUUAAUGUGUCUUUGUAACGUAUUUGAGAAGUUUACACACUUGAUUUUCUAUUCCGAAUUGGAGAGGAAAGACUGUUCCAGGGUAAUACAAUUGGGGUUCGUCUAACCACGAGUUGUAAUAAAUUAAAGUUAAACUCGAAUUAAGGUUCAUCUCAAAUUGUGUAAAUUAAGAUACAAAUCUGAGUUUUAUUCAGAAUUAUAAGAAGUUCUUGCCGUGUCCAAAUUUAGACUUUUAAUUCACUUUUACUUCCGGAUGAGUUUCACAUCGAUUGGUGUUUUCUCUUCGUUAAUUAGCAGUGAUUAGAUUAUUGUAUGAUUAUGUUUACGUCUAGUUUGUGUUGAAUAGGAUACCUGCUUCCGAAAUCAGGAAUUCCUGAAGCAUAAUUUUAGGUUUCUAUAAGAUCUCUCGUAAGUUUAAUCCUCAAAGUUAUAAUUAACUAUUGACUACUACUAUAUAUCAUUGCAUAUACCCGUAUACUAUACGGUGUCAACUUGAAAUAAGACGUGUUAAAGAUGAUGUAUUUUGCGAUUAUACAUGAACAUCUAGUUCGGUAGGAAUAAUUAUUUAAUGUGUCUUUGUAAAAAAAAUUAUCAGAAGAAAAUAAAUAAGGGCCUGUAAUGUUCUGCAACAUGAGAAUGUAAGGCGAUUAUUCCAAAUAUUUCACAUUUUGUAAGCCUUUUGAUGCCAAAGUUUUAGACAGACUUCAAUGUAUUUCGGAGUUGUUUUAUUCGGAUAGGCUAGGGAGUUGUUUUAUACGGAUAGGCCACAGGAAAUUACUUUUAUGUAAAUUUUUUUGACAUAAUCUUCCACUGGAAAAUAGAAUAGGCUUACGUAUAAUAUAGCAAACAAACCUCAUUAGCAUUUCAAUCAUCAUUGAAGCAUAUGUCUGACUUUGAAUUUCUUUCCAUCUGAUGGGUAUGACCUAAAUUUAGAUGAAUUUUUUUCAUACACUUUUAAAAAAAGUUGACCUAAUAUUGGGUAAAAUUGGAACAUGUACGUUACUUCGCUGGGUAAAAUUAUUCCAAAUAAUUAGUAAAUUUUACGCAAUGUUGCGUUGAAAUGUUAUCCUUUAAACUUGCAUAUUGCUCAAUGUGGGGGGAAAAUACACAUGAAACAUGCUUGUUCCCUUUCUACUCAAUAUUGGGUAAUGUUUUACUCAAUCUUUUUACAGUGUAAAGACAAAUUCGGAUGCAUACACAUUUAAGUAACGUUAGUUAAUGAUUACCAUACGAAUUCUAUUUCGAAGAUUAAUACAUAUUUUUAUAAUAGUACCGUAUACCAUAACUGUGCUUGUAGACUGAAGAAACAAAAUAUCGAUUAAUAGUCAAAGAUAAAAAAAGAGAUAAAUUCACAAUAUUAUUGUUCGUGAAUUACAUCAUGUUUGCCAAAGAGGGAGAAGAAUUUGCAUAUUUAUGGAGAUGCAUCUAAAGAAAUAAAUAUUUAAUUCCUUGAAAAUUUAUGGUUUACCCUGAAUAAAGACAUUGCCUU